AUGACUGCACCAGCCUCAACAUCGCUUUUUAAGAACCCCAGCCUGAUGAGGCUGUAUCUUCUUCUGAUUCCUGGGUCUUUGAUCGUCAGCGCAGCAAUGGGCUACGAUUCGAGUCUCAUGAAUGGUAUCCAGGGAGUCAAUAGGUGGCAGAAUUACUUCAACCACCCUGAAGGUUCUCUACUUGGUAUUAUGAACGCCAUUCUUCCUCUUGGAGCAGUAUUUGGCACCGUUCCAGCAGCUUGGAUUUCUGAUCACUAUGGUAGACGCUGGGCAAUGGUUGCCGGCGACAUUGUUGUUAUUCUCUCGACCAUUCUCCAAACAGCCAGCAUCAACACCGGCAUGUAUAUGGCUUCUAGAUUUCUCAUCGGUUUCGGAAUCACCAUCGCCUCGAGCUCUGCCCCUAUGCUUGCCGCCGAACUUGCACACCCCGAAUCACGAACGACCCUCACAUCGAUGUACAAUACACUUUGGUACCUGGGAUCAAUAAUUGCCGCUUGGACCACAUACGGCACGUACCGAAUCAACUCUGAAUGGUCGUGGCGACUUCCUACAGCUCUGCAAGCCCUGCCUGCUAUCAUCAACUUGAUCGGACUCUGGUUCCUCCCCGAAAGUCCGCGAUGGCUCGUCGGUCAGGAUCGCCACGAGGAAGCGCGUGCUAUCCUCAUUAAAUACCAUGCAGGCGGUGAUGAGAGCAGUGAAUUUGUUGCAGCCGAGUUUGAGGAGAUUCGAGCUGCUCUUCAACUUGAGCUCGCUGGCUCACGCUCCUGGAUGGAACUAAUUCAAACCAAGGCCAACAGACAUCGCACAUUUCUUGUUCUUUGCUGCGCCUUCUUCCCUCAAUGGUCAGGGAAUGGUUUGGUUUCUUAUUACAUCGCACCUGUCCUGAGAUCCAUUGGCAUCAACUCCCAAGAAGACAUCACUCUUAUCAACGGCAUUCUUCAAAUCUGGAACAUGAUUGUUGCGAUGACUGGUGCCAACCUUGUCAACCGCGUCGGUCGCCGUCCUCUUUUCAUUGUCGCUACCACUUGCAUGUUAGCUGGCAUGGUCGCAUGGACUAUCACUGGUAGUGUUUUCGCAAGGACCAAAGGCUACUGGUGCUGGUAUCCUAACCUGCGUCAUUUUUUCGCCUCUUCUUACAACAUCUGUUGGAACCCAUUGGCAGUCGCAUAUCCAGUUGAGAUCCUCCCAUUCAACAUUAGAGCCAAGGGUAUCGCCCUUCUCAUGGGAUCUAUCAAAGGAGCAAGCUUUUUCAAUCAGUUUGUCAAUCCCAUCGGUCUCAAGAACCUGGGUUGGAAGUACUACAUCGUGUACUGCAUCUGGCUCUGCUUUGUCUUGUUGACUGUGUUCUUUAUGUUCCCCGAAACUAAGAACCGUUCUCUUGAAGAGAUUUGUGAGGUUUUCGAGAAGUACUCUGAUGAACAGUCUGACAAGAAGUUGGAGGCCACUGAUGUUGAGUGCGUCGAGCACCAGAAGGGCGAGAAGAAUUAA